AUGUCAUCUAUCCCAAUUCUCUCGUUAAUUCAAACGAGUUUAAUACGUUAUGGAACAUUAGUUAUCUUAAUAUUUGGUUUUGUUGGUAAUAUCGGUGUUGUAUAUUUAUUUAGUCAUCAUCAUAAAAAUGGUUGUGCACUUUAUUUAUUAUGUGCAGCAUUGUUUAAUAUUAUUUAUUUAUCUGUUAGUAUUCCGUUGAAAUUAACCGAUUUGGGAAUCGUAACAAACGAUCUUUCCAAAUUAACAUCUUGCUACACAGGUCGGCGACGUAUCACUGUCGGAACACGUUUUUAUAGUGGUCCAGAGUGCAUUACAGGUCAAUAUUUAGUCACCUUGAAGACAGAUAUCUGGUCAUUAGGGGCGAUUCUCUACUAUUUAACAUACGGUAUGCCACCUAUUCAUGAGAGUCAUCAACCUCCAUCAGGUCGUUCACAAACACCUUCGCUUUUAAUUGAAAAUAUUCUUGAAACGUGUUUGGUCAAAAAUCCCAACCGUCGCCCAUCACUGCAGUGGAUUCAGAAGCAUCCAUUUACAAAUACAAAUGCCCUAGCAUGA